AUGCCGCAACGCCAAAUCCAUGGACAGUCACCCGUAAUCCUUCCAUACACCAAGGCAUCACUAAACCGUUUGGAUGAAGCAACGUCGAAAAUGCAAAGUAGACCGGACACUAAACAGAGCAAAAAGGACGAGGCAUGCAUGAAUAUGGGCACAAUACGCAUAGGUACCGUAGGGGGACCCACAGGGCCUCCACCAAUCAUGGGGCCUAGAAUGGGAACUGUCGGACCUAUGACUACUGGACCGAUGCCAAUGAUGCAAAUGAGAACGGGUCCUGGCGGUCCACCUAUGGGCAUGAACACUGCGCCAAUGGGAGGACCUGCACCGAUGGGACCAGGUGGAAUGAUCAGCAGAGGCCCAGUUAUGAUGGGACAACCUGUGAAUCAAGGCCCUAUGAUGGGACGUACCAUGGGCCCGCCUGGAGUGGGCACAACUAUAGCCCCCGUGCAGAUGGGAGGCCCUGUUCAAAUGGGUGUUGCCGGGCAAAUGACAACGGGACCACCUCGUCCAAUUGUUGGCGGUGCCGUUCCAAUGCAAGUAGGGCAAGCUCCACCGAUGAUGCAGAUGCAAGCAAACCGACCUCCUCCUGGAGUUCAAUUUAAUGGUGGCCAACAACCAGUGCUUGGAAUGAGUCAACAGCAAAUGUUAACGCAAGGCCCUCCAGGUGUGCGUACGAUGAAUGCCCCUCCGCAGGCUCCACAGCAACUGCUUGCACCUCAUGGUGCUCAUAUCAAUCCACAGGUA